CAUUUCAAUGUUAUAUAAGAUAGAAAACACUACAUCUAAUCUCUCUCAUGAGCUCAUCAAAACAUUCACAAGAAAGUAACAUUUUUUUGUCUCUUUGAGGCUCGUUCUUUUUAGCUUUUAUCCAUUGAUUACCAGGAGAUACCUUUUGUGGUUUUUAAUUUUGAGGCUUGACAUUCUUAGCGUUUUAUCAAAGUUUGCAAAGCUGAAAUUUUUACUUCACAAUUUCAUCGUUUUUAUCGCAUAAAAGAACAACAUUUGGGUUUGUCUACUUUGGUUUUGGUUCUUAAAGCUGAAACUAGUACUGCCGAAUACACUAAUUUCAUCUCAUGAUCUGUGAGUUGAGGAACAAGAUCCCUUCUUUCUGAGUUCAUACUAAUCAUGGCACGAUCCUUUAAGAGUGUUUUCUGUGUUCCUGAACUGAACGAGAACAUGCUUGGCUCCAAAACCAAAGGAGCUUUGGUGCCUUGUUCUUCGACCAAAGUAAAAUCAAAGGGUUGUUCUGUUUUGAAUAAUGUCUUCAUGGGAGAAUCUGUUGCCCUAGAUGAAAAAGGUUUAGGGUAUUUCAGUUCAAAAGCCUCUAGCAGUGUUCCUGUUCAUGCACAAGCAACAAUUAGUGUUAGCAAGAGUUUGAAGUGGUGGGAAAAGAAUCUAAAGCCUAACAUGAUUGAGAUCCAUUCAGCACAAGAAUUAGUUCAUUCUUUGCUCAACGCUGGUGAUUCAUUGGUUGUGGUUGACUUCUAUUCACCUGGUUGUGGAGGUUGCAGAGCCCUUGAUUCAAAGAUCUGUCAAAUAGCUGGAUUGCACCCAAAUGCAAUAUUUCUGAGAGUCAAUUACGAUGAACUGAAAAACAUGUGUCACGGUUUGCGCAUUCACGUGUUACCUUUCUUCAGAUUCUACAGAGGUGUGGAGGGUCGAGUUUGUAGCUUUAGCUGUACCAAUGCAACUAUCAAGAAAUUCAAAGAUGCCAUGGCAAAACAUAGUAAUGAAAGGUGUAGUUUUGGUCCAGCUAAAGGUUUGGAAGAAUCUGAGUUGAGAAUUUUGGCCUCGAUGGGUGAAAUAUCGAAUGAUUCCUCGGUGAUAGUAUAUCCUAAACAAGAGAAAAUGAAAAAUUUGGUUAAUGAUUUUUCUGGGAUUUGGAACAUGGCUAGUAACAGCAGGGGAGUUAUGAAGGACACUGUGUUCUGAAUUUAUUUUGAAACUACCAAAUAGAACAUUUAUUUAUUUAUUUAUUAUGUUAAGAAUUUAUUUUGAAACUACCAAAUAGAGCAUUUAUUUAUUUAUUUUGCCUUGUUUUGGGAUGAAGAUCUUAGUUAAGUAAAACAGCUUCAUACCAUUUUUUUUUUCUAGGAUGUUUACUGAUUUUUAUUUGUUCUGUAAAUUAUUUUCUUUAGUGUGUGGGGAGGGCUCCUAAGCCCCUGCAAUUUUAAGUGUACUGGGAUAAUUUCAGAGUCCUCUCAUUUUUUUUUCUAUUUUCUUUUUUUUUUUGGUCCCAAAAUCAUCUUAAAAUGGGUGAUUUAUAGGAUCUUCAUGGUUGUUCACUACAAUUCCUUGUUCACAUGUUAAGUUUUAUAGAAAGGUGAUAAAGUUUUGGAAAUUAAAAUGCUACAUCAGUUAUGAAUUUGGCUUUUGUUAAAAGUCAUAAUCAGUA